AUGACUGUACAGGUUGGAGACUAUGUAAAAGCAUCUUUUGACUUCUCUAGCGAUGAAGUCUCGGACUUAUCUCUUAGUUAUGGUGAUUUAGUAAGAAUCACAGAUAUUCUGGAUACAAAUUGGGCAUCUGGUGAAAAGAUUGGAUUGAAUUGUCAGUCUGGAAAUUUCCCUUUGGCUUAUGUUGAACGUGUAACAAUACCCUCGACACAUGUUGGCCAGAAAAUAUUCCUGGCUCUUCAGGACUUCCCAGCUGAGCAGAAUGAUGACCUAGAAAUUAAGAAGG